AUGCCGGAAAGUGACCAUGAUUCGGUGAUCCCCGCCCAGCUCUCCUUCCUCGCUAUAUAUAACCCAACCCUCGGACCCACCGAUGAGACGAUCGAGGACCAGAUCGUGUUCUACACCUCGAGAUCGGGCCAUCUGCAACAUACCGAACGCUCGACUACCGAGGAGGAGGGAAUCAAGCUUCAAGAUGAGGGUAGGAAUGAAAGGCUGCGCCAGGUAGGUCUGGCGCAGGGUAUAGUGAACUUUUCCAAUAACUUCUCAUCUGGAAAACCACUGGAAUAUGUUGAGACCGAUAAGACACGCGUCGUUCUUCUUGAACUGGAGAAGGAUUGGUGGGUUGUUGCCUCUAUGGAUUUAACCCGAUUACCCGUGGAAUCAACCCUGUCAUCCUCGACCGGCCCUUCAGACGCCCCCAAGUUCCAGUAUUCAUCAAGGGAAAUGGGACAUCCGAGUCUGCUCAUCCAGCAACUGCGCCGUGCGAACUCGAUAUUCCUACUCCUCCAUGACUUCUCUUUAACCAGUCUAUACAGCCUUGUUGGUAGAUCGUCGUUUUGUCUCUUCCUAGAGCGCUUCUGGGAGAAAUUUGCGUGGAAUUGGGAGAUCCUCCUCACCGGUAACCCUGGUGUUGAAAUCUACAAUGGAAUUAAACUUGCCGCUGGGGGAGAAUUAGGCAUUGGUGUCGGAGAGGAAGAAUGGGGCAGCGGCGAGAGAGAGGUUCUCGAAGACUUUGUCGCUCGAACCGAUGGGGUCGUAGAUCUCAUUGUGUCGAGAUUUGGAGACCCUACUGUACAAGUUACGGACUCCCACAUCCCUCGAUCCGAUGGUGACAGCUCAUGGCUCGGCCUGGACAUUGAUCCUCGGCCUGCCGACGGUGUAGUUUUCUCGGGCGUCAAUGCCAUAUCUCGGCGCUCUCUGGUUCAUCUGUCACACUGGAUGGAAUUGAUCUACCGGUAUGGAGAUACAGCGUACGGCGUAGGACGGGACCCUCACUCUUUGCGCCGACGAAAUCCACGAAGACAUAGAGGGAGGGAGCUGUCUAGAAGUGCUAAAGCUGCGCAUCCCUCUACUUCAGAGCGCAGCUUUACUCCAAGAAUCCCUCGUCCACUAGUGAUGGCAGUGCCGGAAUCAGUUCCAGAGGCCCAUGCAAGCGAACCUUCAAAGCCUACUGAUCAAAGCUCUGUAUUUGCAGCCGAGAAUGUCAUGAAAUAUCUGACACUGGGAUAUGGUACGUCCUGGAAUCUUCCACUUCCUGGGAAGCCAGCAACACCUUCUACAACAGCCGUAGACAACGUUGCAUCAGCCUCGCAAGAAAGUUCAUCCCAAUCCAGUGAAUCCAGAAAUCAAACAAAGACGAUAGGCCGAUUUAUCCUAGGGCCUCGUGACGACUUGGACAUACUGGACGAUCUAGAAGAGAGAAGUCCUGUGUCCGAACCAGACAGCGGCAAACCAAAGACCCGCAUAAUCCACCGGUCUGUUCAUGUGCAGCUGGCUGAUACACCAUCAAAGAGAAGGCUUGAAGCAGUGAUAUACGUCCACCAACCAUUCAUGUUCACGUUUCUAUUCGAUCCGGAGACCACAUCACUAUCAUCACCAUCUUUAUACUCAAGCAUCCACCACCAGCUAGGCCCCCUCCAAAAGCCUCUCCUGCGAUCCACAUCCCCAGAAACAGUCCUCUCCCGCUUCCCAGCAUGGGAAAGCACCUUUUACCCAAACAAGCGGUUCUCAGGUCGCUCGCAGCCAAUGUACGAUCUAGUAUACGACCCAUCAAAUCUAACCAUCCGCUCCUCAAUCCCCAACAUCCCAGCCCUGAUCCUCUUAUCAAAAUCACCCCAACUCCCCAAUUCCCCUCGAUCACCCUCCUCUUCACCCUCUGCACCAAGCACAAGACCCCAAUGGUCCCGUCUCGAGAGCCUGGCAAUUCACCACCGCAUCCUAUCCACAUACGUCGACACCCGCUCUAGACCUCACGAACUAGAACGCACCUGCAAAACAAAUCGUGGCUGGUGGAUUCUCUGGGUCCGCAUCCCUCAGCCACCCCAGACGCAAGCCCUAUCAACCACAUCUUCAUCCGUUGCAGAUGGAGAAGAUCCGUCUCAACCCCCUUCUUCUUCGUCUCCCCCUCUGCUCCAGCCACAGGAAGCUUUCCUUGUCCGGAGAGCGAGUGACUACGUCCCCACCACUGGCCAUGCACGUAUAAGUAGUGGUGGACGCCUUCUCCGCGACCUAGGCGGUGCAACUUAUAACUUUGGUUCUAGCCGCGCUGAUAUCACUCCUUCCAAAUUUGUUGACGGGCUCGGUCUAGACCCCCGUCGGUACGUUGAGGGUUUGCUGCGGUUAAAUCGUUGA